AGUGUUCCAGAAAAGGUUAUUUUCAUUUACUGUUGUAUCGGAUCGCUAUUUUACACUUCACCCGAAACGUCAAUGCAUUCAUCACCGCUAGAUGGUGUAAAAUCCAUCAAAAUAUAUAUUAAAAAGUCUUUCCUGCCCCCUGCUGGCCGCUGGGUGUUCGUUUACGCUUCUCUCGCUGUUUCCUCAGUUCCGGUUGUCACGUGAAAUCAUUUGGAAAGGAGCUUUAAAUGUCAUAUUCGCGUACAUUAAAUGGUUGUUGGUUGUUAGUCUUUUAGAUGUGAAGAAUUGUGCGAAACAAAUGUAACUGGAGUAGGCAGUAGUAUAUCUGUGUUAGUGAAUCAUACAAUCACGACGAGUGUGUCAUAAAUGGACUGUCAGCCUCGAAGGGGAGGAAGAGGAAACCGGAAUGAAGAGGUUGGAGAAAUCAUGAGCAGAGAUGUGCGUCUGUCUAAAUCUCUGUCUUACGCAUUACGCCACGGGGCCAGUAAGAUGGGUCUGCAGAUGAACUCGGAUGGUUUUGUGUUGGUGGAGGAACUUCUGUCUCAUCAGCAGUUCCGCUCGUUUUCACUGGAGGACGUGAAGCGAGUGGUGGCCACCAGCGACAAACAGCGGUUCAAGCUUUGCGGCCACCCUGCGGACGGUCGUCUUCAGAUACGAGCCAAUCAGGGCCACUCGGUGCAGGUUACAGAUCUGGAGCUGAGAGCAGUAGCACUUGACGAUCCAGACUAUCCAAGAGAAGCUGUUCAUGGCUCAUAUAUGAAACACUGGCCCUCAAUACGCAGUCAGGGCAUCAGUAGAAUGAACAGAACUCACAUACACCUGGCACGUGGUCUUCCUGGAGAGAGGGGAGUCAUCAGUGGAAUGAGACAGAGUUGCGAUCUGGCUGUGUAUAUUGAUGUUGCAAAAGCUAUGUCAGAUGGGAUUCAGUUCUUCUGGUCAGAGAAUGGCGUACUCUUGACCCCUGGAGAUGCUGCUGGGAUGUUAGCACCAUGCUAUUUCUCUCGAGCACAAAGACUGAAACCCUCACCUUGUGAAAUUGAACUACAGUAGCUGUUGGAGAGGAUCUCCUUCUGACCUCAAAACAAAACCCAGAGAACUUUUAAAAGCGUUGAAAUAGAAUAUCUGUUUCUGAGAAAAACAUCUAAAUUAAAAAAAAAAAAAAAAAAAAAA